AUGUCACGGAACAUCCUCAUGAUCCUCGUUGUUGUCAUCGCUCUGGCCAUGGUCUCCUUGGAGGCCCGACCUCAGGCUGAUUGGUCUGGCAAUGGCUCCAUUCUCGAUUCGACUGGCGGUGAACUGACCCGAGAAGGCACUGGCUAUCACAGCUACAGCAACUACAACGCCCAACCCGCCUAUGGCUAUAACCCUUACUAUGCAAAUGGAUUGUUUGGAUAA